UAUAACAGUUCACUCAGUCGUAUUAACACUGUAAUGCAAUUACGCUGUCACAUAAAUGUUUCUCCUGCUUUCGAACUGCUGUAUCUCAUUAUGCUUUGAAAUGUUACCUAUUUGUGAAACAAUAAAUGCCUACCUUACACCGAUUAAAUGUGGUCGUAUCUUUUGUGAAGUGGUUUAAAUUUAUAUUAUCAAUGUCAGUGUUUAACAAUAAACUAAACGUGUGGACUUACUGGGUCGCGUUUGUUAACGUGCGCCUCUGGUAGAUUUAAACCUACGUUUGUUAUUGGAAGUAAUCUACACUUGCUUGUGUAACUAUUCAAUCAAUAGAUAUAGUGUGAUGUGAAUAUUAUUGAACGUAUUGAACCACCCUUCUGUUCACAUAACAAGUGUUGAUUUUGCUGUGCCAAGAAAAGGUUACGGCGAAAAAGCAAAGGAUGUUCACUCAAAUUCCAAAAAGCUGGCGUCAGAAUUUCAAUGAGAACGUCACGUUACGGGAGUUAAACGAUGCUUUAGUGACGUUACACGUUCCGGCAAUUGUAAUUAUUAUGACAUUAUUGGUAAUAGGGGUUAUCGGCAACAUAACCGUCUUACGUAUCUAUUUCCCGUAUCCCAAAUCAAUUUCACGGGUGUUUAUUAUAUGGCUCGGUUUCAUAGACCUGAUUGCGUGUUGUUUAGGAAAGCCCUUUCUGCUCGUGAGCCUCUAUCACCCGUACGAAUUUCCAUCAGUUGGUGCGUGCAGGACGUUCCGAUUUGUGCAUGUGUUUCUCGUCGCGGCCUCUGUGUUUAUAUUUGUGUGUAUUGCAGCUGAAAGACAUCGCGCCAUAUGUAGUUUUCAUGUGGUGGAAAUGAAAACGGCCCGGAUGCACAUGAUGUGUCUGAUAUCGUGCAUAUUUGCUAUCGUUGUCGCCAUCCCUGCUAUAUUUGUGUACGGUGAGAGGACAGUGAAAACUGGAGUGUUUAAUAUCACAGGCAUAGAGUGUUUUGUGGAGGACCAUUUUGAAGAAACCAACUCAGUAUGGCCGAAAGUGUAUUAUCUGCUCCAGUGCGGGAUCUGUUUUAUAGCGUUUGUUAUCAUGCUGAUUUUGUACAUAAGAGUUGGGCUACAAUUGAAGUGGCAUUUAAGAUUUUCACGAUCAAACAAUCGUGCCACAAUAAACGUGCGUUCUUCUUAUUCGAACGAAUUGGAAUUAAACUCUACACAACUCCCCAGGGUAACGUCAAAAACAGAAAGUCUUCUAAAGGCAUCGAUUUCACAGGACAGCGAACAUUCUAGUGCAAACGCGCCUAAAGUAAGCGUUGCAUCCACAACAAGUUGUCAUAUAAACCGCGCUGCUGGAGAGCUGACAACGAUGUUUUGUUGGACUACUGUUAUUUUCAUUUUGUCAUAUAUUCCACACCUUACGAUAAUUAUUUACCAAACUUAUUAUCCGACUUUUACACAGGAUAUGACAACUCACGGAAUUAUAGCGUAUAAUAUAUGUUUACGGUCGUUUGUGAUAAAUAAUAUGGCAAAUCCAGUGGUGUAUUUUAUUUGUAUGAGAGCCUCAAGAAUCGACUGUAGGAAAUUGUUUUGCAAAUUGCUUCCAUAUUGUAGGCAUUAAUUUUAUAAUUAAUACUAGACUAAUUGAAUACAAUGUUCAAUUCAUAAUAACAGGAGAAACUGUCGUUAUACAGAUCGUUGGAAAUGUUGUUCAUCGUAGCGAUUUUGAUCUCAUUCAUUCAUUAUUGCACGAAACUCUUACACGGACCGUGUAAUAUUAGUGCAUGCCACACAUGUAGUGUAUAUUUUUAGAUACGCUUACCCUGUUGCAUAUUAUACAUCGUUUUAUUUUGAACACAUAAAAGGCUGUGUGUUUAUCGGAUCAUUUUGAAUGACAAGAACAUGUAGUUUGGGUAAAAAUCGAAAAUGCCGUUUUUUUUCUUUACAAGUACAAGUCUUGCAUGAUGUUAGGAGUUUACUCUUUGAUACACUUCAUAUAUUAAGCACUGACCCAUCUUUUGAAAUGGCAGCUUGUACAUUGGGAAUUGUGUGUUUGUCGGCGGUUCGACACUUGAUUUCUUUCUUUAAAGGUUGACAUAAAUGCCAAACAUAACAUGAUACAUCAGAUAACAUACGAUGUCUCAAUGGAGUUUUUUUUUGGUUAAAACCUGGUGUGCUUAAUAUAUGCAAACGUUUGUGGUAAACGCUAUUAACCUGUUUUAUUGCAAUAUAUAUUACACUGAUUUAUUAGUUGUUAUGUACUGAAAUCUUAUUGAACGGAUAUCGGUUAGGGCCUUACUAUUUUUAAAUGUGAUCCAUUUUGUUUUGAAAUGUCUUAUACAUCAGGUUGUAUUACUUCGUCCAUAUUCUAUACCAUAUCAUCAUCGUCAUGAUUGCCAACGUGGUUUUCCUUUGUCCAUUGUUUUCGUAUAAAUGUCAUACAUCAAUCGUAUAAUGUGUAUUAUCAGAUUUGUUUUCUCAGUUUAUGCCAGCAAAUAUCUUCUUCAAUUAUCGACCACGAAUGGUUUACAGUGUUUUAUUGCAUGUUGUUUUGUCAAAUAAAACUUUCACCCAAAGAUGCCGGUCAAAGUAUAUUGGCAAUACAAAUUACAUUUGUAUCGCUAGUUAUUGAUAUAAUGGACAAGGAAAAAGCAAAAGCCUUCUUUAAUAUUAACAAUUGUUAUUAAUGUUCCCGAAGAAAGACUUGUACAUGAUAAUCGUACCGUAAGUCAAUGUGUGUGUGGGUUGUGUGCGGUUGUGGGAAGGAGGAUGUUAAUAAUAAUUGUAAAACAACAUCAAAGUGUGUUUCUCUUUAAACGCAAGUUUUAUGUGUUUAAUACUAAGGAUGCGACAUUUUCAAAUUUACACACUGCAAUUAAAAUGAAAAACAAAAAUCUAAUAAAAACAACCAAUUAUUAGUUGUUUGUCGUACGAUUCUGAUAGCUUCUUAAUUUGAAUUUAUCGUAUCUCAAAGGCCAUCUUUAAAUCAUUGAUUUUUUUUUCAAACUGUAGCCGAAUAAAAUCGCUAAAUACAACAA